AUGAAACGUUCCCGUGAGGACCAGUUGUUGCUUCCAAAAGAUUACUUAUCUAGGCAUACUCCAGAAUUUGGAAAGGCAGUGCGGUUUAUCCUUGACAAGGACCCUUCUUUAGCGGACAUUAUUCUCAAAAGUGAUUUUCCGAUAUACAGUAUUAAUCGAAAGAAGAUCAACACCCUAAAUGAGUGUUUUGUGAACUUGGCUAGUGGUAUACUAUCUCAACAGAUCAGUGGUGUUGCUGCGAAGGCAAUCAAGGCGAGAAUAGUGGAUCUUUUCAAGGGAGAAUUUCCUUCCUAUGAAACGUUGGAAUCUAUAUUUAAAUCCAAGGAAACUGAGGAUAUAAGGAAAUGCGGUGUAUCUGGUCGGAAAUUAGUGUACCUAGAAUCGCUGGUUAAUUAUUUUUGUAAUGAAUCUGAGAAUAUAGAGAGGCUGAUUAAAGAAGGUAACGCUGAAGAGAUUGUUAACGAAUUAGUAAAAAAUGUCAAGGGAAUAGGGCUUUGGAGUGCCAAGAUGUUUUUAGUCACAGCACUGCAACAUCCGAAUGUUUUUACAGCAGAUGAUUUGGGAAUUUCUAGAGGAUGUUCGAAUUAUCUGAAAACCAGACCAGAGGUUCUGAAGAAUAUUAUGACUAAACGCAGGAAAAUCAAGAAAAGUAAAAUCAAGCACAAGAAUCGCAAUUGGACAAUUUAUGAUGAAGAUAUUGUGGAGAUUUGUGCAGAGUCAUUUGAACCUUAUAGAACGGUUUUCAUGCUGAUCCUGUGGAGGCUGUCCAGUACAAACAUGGAAGCUAUGAUUGCCGCUGAAAAGCAGUUUGAUGAUACAAAAUGUGAUAAAUAA